AUGAACUUCUCCACGAAAAAGCCGGCGCCCAAGGUGGGAUUCUCGCUCAAGAAGAAGUCCACGUCCUUGAAACGGAACGAGCUAUUUGAGGACGAAGAAAAUAAGGACACAAAGAUAGAGAUCAGCAAUGUCGACGACAUACGACAUAAGAAAGAUGAGCCUCUAGUAAUUAAGCCCAUUAUAAAACAAGACGGCUGGGAGGCACGACGGAGAGAGCGAACAGAGCGCGAAAACAAAGAGCUACAUUAUGGCCUGAACAAAAGAGACACCGAAAGGCCGCAAGCAACAGGCUCACGACUGCUACCCCCCAAAUCGACGGAGAGCCAGGACGGCGAGGUCCCUACUUUGAAAAGUUACGAGAAGAUGCCAGUAGAAAAGUUUGGCGAAGCAAUGCUACGGGGAAUGGGCUGGAAGGGUUCUGGAACUCGAUCGAAAACGCCUGUAUCAAAGCCCAGGCCGCCAUACUUAGGCUUAGGGGCCAAGCCGUCGCCAGCUCAGCAGGGUCGCGCUUAUAAGCUUGAUACCAACUAUGUACCCGUUGUCAAAAAAGAGGACAUCGCCAACUCGCGAGAAAGGUCUCCAGCAAGAGAUCAGGAAUAUAGGGAACGAGGGGACUGA